ACUUCAGUUCUGAUUCCUUGCAAAUAUUCAUUUAAUUAAACAAUAUGAAAAUUAUUAUUUUCUUGACUGAAGUGCUCAUUAUUGAUGUGAUGGGCAUAAAUUACGAGUAUGAAGUCAACACAAUAAAGCAGGAAAUGCAGAAACAUGCUAAGGAAUGUUUUAAAGAAAUGAACGUAACUCAAGAAGAGGAACAGAGACUUAAGAUCGAUACGAAGUUCGGUGAAUUAAGAAUGCGCUGUUUUUCCGUAUGUCUUAUGAAAAAAUCUGAGGAGAUAGGCGAAGACAUGAAGCCCAACUUGGAAAGAAUAUCACAAAUUGAGCAUGCCCUGCAUCCAAGAAAAGCUACAGAAAUCAUGGAACUAAUUUUACAAUGUCUUGAUGAAGUUAAAAAUGUCGAAGAUGAGUGCGAUUUUGCGAAUGAGUACGAUGAUUGUGUAGAAAAAAAAACCUGGAAAAUAUUGCAGCAGGAAAGAAUACCAUAAGUCAAUUAAAUAUCGCCUGGAAUCGAUGGAAAUUUAGUCUCUACCUAGAAUGACUAUCCCAAAAAUAAUACUGACACUUAUUUUAUCAAGUUGAUCUUUCUAUCUUAUACCGACAACCUUAUUUUAAGAAAAUCCGAGAGACCGUCUCGAAAAAGCGAACAAACAUAACAAAUGCAGUAAUGUAAUUUUUCUAAUAUCAAAAAAGUUCUUCCCAUAUGAACACAA